AUGAACAGUCUCAUAGAUAGACGAAGGGUCAUGGAAAGCAACGAGAAAUCAAGUCUGUACGAUAGAGUAUUUUCUUGGUCUAUUAAAGAUAUUCUCAACAGAGAUCUACACAAGCGACAGAGAAAGACAAUACCAGACAGAUUUAGAUCUGUGGAUGAAUACUUUCAGUGCUUUGUUCCCCAUCUACUCGAGGAAACACGAACCGAGCUGUUCUCAAGUGUGAAAUCUCUAUCGAGAUCUCCUGUUUUUGAAAUAUAUUCUAUUGCCACAAGGGACUCAAGUGGAAGUUCAACAAACAAGUCGUACGAUAUAGCGUUAAAAGGCUCAGCUACUGCAGGUGCAAAGUACGAGCCAAAAUGUGGAGAUCUUAUUGCUCUCACAGAAGAAAGACCAAGAAGAAUCGAUGACUUAAAUCCUUUACUUCUCGCCUACGUAUUCAAAGCAAACGGCGGUGAUCAAAUCUCUGUGCAUUCUUCAAAAUCGAUACCUUUAGCUGGUUUGGAGCCUCAAUUUCGUUUCGGUGUUUACCUCAUGGGUUUAACCACAAACACUCGCAUUUGGAACGCUUUGCACAACGAAUCUGCUACUUCCUCUCUAAUCCAUAGUGUGCUUCAGGCAAAUACUCUUGCAACAGAAGAAUGUUUUUGUGAUGGAACUGGUGUUGAGGGUUGUCAAUCUCAACGUGUUUUGGAUAUAAUCCGAUCUGCGAAACUCAACUCAUCACAAGAAACUGCAAUCAUGGGUUGCAUUAAGACGAGAAAUUGUAGUCACAAGAACACUGUGAAGCUGAUUUGGGGGCCUCCUGGAACUGGCAAAACGAAGACGGUUGCGACGCUUCUCUUUGCCCUUCUCAAUCUGAAGUGCAAAACAGUUGUGUGUGCUCCUACAAACACAGCGAUUGUUGAGGUAACAUCGAGGCUUUUGGCUUUAUUUAAGGAAACAUCUUCAUCAGAACAUGCUACUUACGGUCUUGGGAGUAUGGUUUUAUCUGGAAAUCGGGACAGAAUGGGAAUUAAGAAGAAUGGGAGUAGUCUUCUUCUAGAUGUGUUUCUUGAUGAGCGCAUUGAUAAACUUGGCAAGUUGUUUUCGCCAUUCUGUGGUUGGAAGCAGAAAUUAGAGUCACUGGUAAACUUUCUUGAUAACACAGAGGACAAGUACGAGCGUCACGUAUAUGAGCUGAAAGAAGCUCAAAGGUGGAAAGAAGAAUCUGAAGAAGAAGAUUUUGAAGAAUAUUUUGAAGAAGAAGAAGAUGAAGAAGAGGAAGUUUUUAACAUUCCUACGUUUGGAGAGUUUGUAAAGAAGAAGUUUGAUGGCGCAAGUGAAGAAAUAGAGAAAGAUAUGGUUGAUUUGUACACACAUCUCCCAAAGUCUUUCAUUUCAGCUGAGCAUGUUAAGUAUAUGAUCGCAGCACGUAAAGCUCUUCAACGUGUCAGGUACUUCUUGCAGCAAAAUGCUUUAAGAGAUGAUUUCAAGAAGGGAAGCUUCAGGUUCGAUUGCUUCAACAGACUCAUCCGUGAUGAUUGUCUUCAUGCUCUACUUUUACUUCCAGCAAGUUUUGAGAUUGCGGACUUGUUGGAGAACCAAGAUAUUAGGACGUUUUGUCUACAAAACGCUCAUAUAAUCUUAUGCACAGCCUCUGGUGCUGCCGAAAUGAAUCCUGAAAGGAUAGGAUUUGUAGAUCUUGUUGUGGUUGACGAGGCGGCUCAGCUUAAAGAGUGUGAAUCAGUUGCUGCGUUGCAGCUUCCUGGUUUGCGUCAUGCUGUUCUCAUAGGAGAUGAGUAUCAGUUACCUGCAAUGGUUCAUAAUGAGGAAUCUGAGAAUGCCAAAUUUGGAAGAAGCUUGUUCGAGAGAUUGGUUAAGCUUGGCCAUAACAAGCACUUGCUUAAUGUUCAAUACAGAAUGCAUCCUGCGAUUAGUAGAUUCCCUAAUAGGGAGUUUUAUGGAGGGAGAAUCAGAGAUGCUGAGAUUGUUCAAGAAAGCAGUUACCAAAGGAGGUUUCUACAAGGAAACAUGUUUGGCUCUUUCUCGUUUAUCAAUGUUGGUCGUGGGAAAGAAGAGUUUGGUGAUGGUCAUAGUCCCAAGAACAUGGUUGAAGUUGCUGUGAUUUCUGAAAUCAUACCCAAUCUUUUCAAAGUUUCAAGUGAAAGAAGGAUGAAGAUGAGCGUUGGAGUGGUUUCACCAUACAAAGGACAAGUCAGAGCAUUCCAAGAGAAGAUCGGAGAUAAGUACAGUUCCUUAUCAGAUAAGCUAUUCACUUUGAAUGUUCGGUCUGUGGAUGGGUUUCAAGGAGGAGAAGAAGAUGUCAUCAUCAUCUCCACCGUUAGAAGUAACGGUAACGGGAAAGUAGGGUUUCUCAGUAACCGUCAAAGAGCUAACGUGGCACUCACGCGAGCGAGGCACUGUUUGUGGGUGAUUGGGAACCAGACCACUUUGGCUCUCAGUGGUUCCAUAUGGGCAAACCUGAUAAGUGAGUCGAGGACACGUGGCUGUUUCUACGAUGCUGUUGAUGAGAAGAAUCUUAGAGAUGCCAUGAAUGAGGCUUUGAUUGAGGAUGUUACUUCGAGUUUCGGGUCUUUUUCGAUCAGGAAUGGGAGAAGAAAUGCUUGGUAG